GGGAGUUCAGCCUCUCGUGGGGUGGCAGAGGGACCUGUGGCAUCACGGGGCCACCAGUGGCCUCCCUCCUCUGGCCUCGGUAGGAGCUAGGUGAGCUGAGAGUCAGAGCAGGGGGUCUCACAGCCGGGGGCUCCUCCCUUCUUUCCUCUUCCCUUCUCUGAGGCCCUGCCCGUGUGAGAGGGCCUGCAAAGGGAUGCUAAGAGGCGGUGAUCAGCCGGGGGAAAGAGAGGCAGGCCUGCCACCUGCUUGUGGGCAAGGGGAGGGACUUGGCGACAAGAGGAGCGCCCGGCAGCUGGGUGUGGUGAGAGCCGGGGCCCUCUUGGCUCUGUCCUCUGGCCUGAGGGAAGGAGACCACUUCCUCUUUUCCUCUCCAUGUACCCUGUGUCUCUGUCAUGACUGGGAUCUGGGUCCUGAGAGCACUUGGUACCCUACUCAGGUCCCUGUUGAUGUCCCACAUCUGUGCCUUGCCCAGGCCUCCAGGAUUUGGGGGCCAGGGUGGCAGGCUCUGCUCAACCUGGGCGAGCUCCCCCUUGGAGGCCAAGGGCUUGGAGGGACUGGCCCCACCUGGCCUCAGGAACUGAUCUGAGCCUGACUGAGGCUCUGCCAGGAGAGGAAAGUGCCUCUAUCUUAGCACUGUGGGGGCUUGACAGAGAGUUCUAGACCCCUCCACAGGGCUGCAGCAUCCCUCCCAGGGAGCUGGACUUGGCUUGCUCACCUCCAGUGAAGGCCCCUCACUAUCUCCUGAGGCAGCCCAUGUCUCUGGGGCAGCCCCCAUCCUUCGAAUGUGCUCCCUUCAAAGGGGCACUGCCCUGCCCCCAUUCAGCUCUGAUCCACAGUCUGGAGCCCACAGUGUGAUUCUGCAUCUCCUCUUCCUCGUGACAGCCCUGUCACAUGGGGCGCCUAAACUACCUUCCAAAUCUCCUCUGUCCCUGCUGGGCAUGUUCCUUGUGUGAGAUCCCCAUCAGCCCCACCAGCCUGGGACGCCCUGUGGACUCAGAGCCAAGGCCAGCAGCCGGGUAGCCUUUUUAUGGCUUAACCAACCGUGGAUGCAAAAGGUGCCCCAAAGGAGAGCGUGAAGGAUGUAGCUCUCCCAAGAGCCAAAAAGUUCACUCCCAGAGUUAGUCUAAGAACUAUGAGGAGGGUAGUUUUGCAUAAAUAAGGUGGAAAUCCUCACUCCAAAGAGCCUGGCUCCUUCCUUGGCUUGUCCACAUCUGUGGGCCCUUCCAACCCAUGUCCCAGUGAUGGACAAGGCCUCUGCCUCAGUGGGUCCAGCUAGGGUGGGGAGGAGGUGCGUCUGGUCAUCACCUUCCUCUCCCCUCUGCUCCGUCCUGUCCUCCCAAGGAGUCUCCUGGUCCCUGUGCUUGAACCCUUAUUCUCAGGAAGUUCUUGCUCAAAGCUACCUCCAGUCUCUCCUGUAGUGUCAGCUGUGUUUGCUUUUUGUUUGUGGCUGAAGUUUGGCAUGGAUUGACUUGGGUACUCAAGCAGUAGAUGUUUUUGGUGGAUCAGCUGUGUGCAUCAGGGCAUUGGACCACCUCCUGGGGGGAAGUGGGGUCAGUUACCUCAUCCUGGGUCCUGCUCUCAAGAAACUCCUGCCUUUCGGGGCCGAGAAGGUAGGCAGACGGGUGGACAAGGAACUAACCAGAAUGCCAUCGGGCCCUGACAGUGACGAGUAGACUGCCAGUGGGUCAGACUUCUCUCUGGAGGUAGAAGGCCUCUCCCAGGUGAGGCUUGUGAGCCCAGCUCAAGUGGAGGAACAGGAUUCAGGCAGGCAGGGAAUGAGAGCAGGGAGUUCUGGGCCGAGGGAACGGCUGGAGCAAAGGCACGGAGGUAGGAAGAUGCCUUUUGUGUUUGGGGAAGGGUCAGCGGCCUGAAGUGGUUGGAAUACAGGAUGGCGCAGGAGGGCUGUAAAGGACAGAGAGAAAGGAGAAGUGGGGUGGAGGGUCCUAUCUCGGCCACACAGGAGCUUGUGGGGUGAGAAACUGGUGGACUUGUGCACCCAGCUCUUCCUGCCCGCUAUGUGCCCGGGCCCUGCCACCUUGUCUAAGCCUGCAACACCCCCGUCUCUGGCUGUGUUUGUUUUCUUGUUAGCAGCGAUCAUCAUUGACAUGCUGUGCAUUUCACUCCCCGCCCUGCUUGUCUCCCUACUCCUCCCACCUUUUACACUCCUGCGCACUGGUGUGCCACCACGCCAGGGCGGGGAUCGUGUCCAUUUGUUCACUGCUGCAUUCCCAGAGCCUAGAACGGUGCCUGGCCCAGAGCAGACGAGUCUUUGUUGGACACACGAAUGUUUUCUCAGGUGCCUGCCUAAGGCCUAGGAGAGGCCACCUUGAGCAGGCCUUGCUUCCCCUCUUGAGGAGUUUACAGCUUAGUGAAGAUGUCACAGCAAUAGAGGAACUUGUGUGAUUUAGAAAAAAAGGUUUAUUGUACAAAAUUUAGAGGCUGCAGAAAAGUUUAAAGAAAAAAGUAAACUGAAACAAAUCCAGUCUCUUUGAUUAUACUGCCCAGAGAGGACCUCUGUUAGCAUUUUGGAGGGUUUCUAAAAACGCAAAAUUGAAAUUAUGCUAAGUUUGCCAUUUUGAAAUCUGCUUUUCCCUUGUACCAUCACACAUUCUCAGAAAACAGCGAUAAUCUCCGUGUGCUAUUCUGCUGCCUUGGGUUGGACAGUAUAGUUAUCUGCCGGGCUGAGGGUGCUGGGCUGGGUGUGGUGGGCGCACAGGAGAAAUCUCGCGAAAGGUCUUGCACCUGACGCCUAAGCUGAGUCCUGAAGUAGGAAUAGGAGUCAGCCAGGUGCGAAAGGGGUGGGUUUGGGCCUGGGAAGCCGGCAAAUGAGCUGAGGCCUGGUGGACACACAGCAGAGAGGGUGGGGGCCUGCAGCAACUCGCUGCUACUGGGACUUAAAGUUCAAAGCAAGGGGGAAGGCGUGGCCGGAAAUAAGGUGGAAGACAGCAGGUGAUGGGCUGUCUCAGGCCCUGUUAAGGGCUUAGACUUUGCCCCACGGGCAGCAGAGGGCUGUGAGGGUGUUAAGCACCACCAUUCCAUGUGGCUGAACCUCCAGCCUGCCCCACUUUCCUUUGGCUGGGAAGGGGGCUCACCUCUCCCCGCCCCUCCUUUCUCCCUCCCUUCUGGCUCUCCUCUCUUAUCCUCUUGUCUGAGGCCUGCAAACCGCACACGGAGGAAGUUCCAGCCCCAAAUCCAGAGGCAGCACGGAAUCCAGUCCAGAGCUUUCCCGGUGGACGAGCCCCCGGAGCCCGUGUACGCGAACGUAGAGAGGCAGCCUUCAGUCACCUCGCCGGGCCCCGCCGCGGCCCCCCGCCCCGGCCCGGUGUGGGAGACGCACACGGACGCGGACACCGGGCGCCCCUACUACUACAACCCGGACACGGGCGUCACCACCUGGGAGUCGCCCUUCGAGGCUGCCGAGGGCGCCGCCAGCCCGGCCACCUCCCCGGCCUCGGUGGGCAGCGGCGAGAGCGUCGAGACCGAGUGGGGCCAGUACUGGGAUGAGGAGAGCCGCAGAGUGUUCUUCUACAACCCGCUGACGGGCGAGACGGCCUGGGAGGACGAGGCCGAGGACGAGCCGGAGGACGAGCAGGACAUGCAGCCCGGCCUGAGCCCCGGCAGCCCGGGGGACCAGAGGCCCCCCACCCCCGAGACUGACUACCCUGAGUUGCUGACCAGUUACCCCGAGGAGGACUAUUCCCCCGUGGGCUCCUUCAGCGAGCCCGGGCCCACCUCUCCCUUGGCCACGCCCCCCGGCUGGUCCUGCCACGUGGACUCGGAUGGGCAGACGCUCUACACGAACCACUUCACCCAAGAGAAGUGGGUGAGGCUGGAGGACCAACAUGGGAAGCCCUACUUCUACAACCCAGAGGAUGCCUCCGUUCAGUGGGAGCUGCCCCAGGUCCCUGUCCCUGCCCCUCGAACCAUCCGCAAAUCCAGCCAGGACAGUGAGACCCCAGCCCAGGCCAGCCCCCCUGAGGAGAGGAUCAAGACCUUGGACAAGGCAGGUGUGCUCCAUCGCACCAAGACGGUGGACAAGGGGAAGCGGCUCCGGAAGAAGCACUGGAGUGCCUCCUGGACAGUGCUGGAGGGCGGCGUCCUGACGUUCUUCAAGGACUCAAAGGCCUCGGCUGCAGGCGGCCUGAGACAGCCUUACAAGCUCUCCACCCCCGAGUACACGGUGGAGCUGAAGGGGGCCUCUCUCGCCUGGGCUCCCAAGGACAAAUCCAGCAAGAAGCAUGUGCUGGAGCUGCGGAGCCGAGAUGGCUCAGAGUACCUGAUCCAGCACGACUCAGAGGCCAUCAUCAGCACCUGGCACAAGGCCAUCGCCCAGGCCAUCCAGGAGCUGUCCGCAGACCUGCCCCCGGAGGAGGAAAAUGAGAACAGCAGUGUGGACUUCGGGUCCAGCGAGCGCCUGGGAAGCUGGCGGGAGGACGAGGCGCGGCCGGGCGCAGCCGCGCCCGCGCUGUAUCCCGGGGGCCUGGAGAGCGACCUGAGCAAGGUCCGGCACAAGCUGCGCAAGUUCCUCCUGAAGCGGCCCACGCUGCAGUCGCUGCGGGAGAAGGGCUACAUCAAAGACCAGGUGUUCGGCUGCGCGCUGGCCGCGCUGUGUGAGCGCGAGCGGAGCCCGGUGCCGCGCUUCGUGCAGCAGUGCAUCCGCGCCGUCGAGGCCCGGGGGCUGGACAUCGACGGGCUGUACCGCAUCAGUGGGAACCUGGCCACCAUCCAGAAGCUGCGCUAUAAGGUGGACCACGAUGAGCGCCUGGACCUGGACGACGGGCGCUGGGAGGAUGUCCACGUUAUCACUGGCGCCCUGAAGCUCUUCUUUCGGGAGCUGCCCGAGCCCCUCUUCCCCUUCUCGCACUUCCGCCAGUUCAUCGCGGCCAUCAAGCUGCAGGACCAGGCCCAGCGAAGCCGCUGCGUGCGGGACCUGGUGCGCUCGCUGCCUGCCCCCAACCACGAUACGCUGCGCCUGCUCUUCCAGCACCUGUGCAGGGUGAUCGAGCACGGCGAACAGAACCGCAUGUCAGUGCAGAGCGUGGCCAUAGUGUUCGGGCCCACGCUCCUGCGGCCCGAGAAGGAGGAAACCAGCAUGCCCAUGACCAUGGUGUUCCAGAACCAGGUGGUGGAGCUCAUCCUGCAGCAGUGCUCAGACAUCUUCCGGCCUCACUGACCGCGGGCCUCCACCCUGCCCCCGCUGCUAGCACUGCGGCCCUGCGACUGGGAGUGACGGUGGUCCGGCCACAGAAGCUGGGCGGCUGGAGGCCACGUGGCCGGACUCUAUCUCGGAGCCGCUCCGCCUGCUACCGGCCCGCAGGCGGGUGUGAAUUCUGCACCCCUCGGUGCAGGAUGGUGACCCCUGGUGGGAAGUUCGCAAAAUGUGAUUUUUUUUCCCCUGGCCUGUUCUGCUAGAGGUUAAUUGGGUUCUGUUCUUUAUUACAGCGCCACCUACUGUGCGUGUGUGAGAAUGUGGGGGCAGUGAGGAUGGUUUUCUGGGACCGCCCGGGCUGGGAGGAAUUUGGGUGAGGGGCUUCCUAGCCUCUUCUGGCCCGGACCCCGUCGAGGCCUGCACGGAGCCCCUUAGGGCCCCAGCCCUGUGCGUGGCACCGUUCGGGUCAUGAAGCGGCCACCGACAACUUGCCUGCUGCCGAAACAGGACUGACCCGGCCUCCGGCGUGGGCGGCUGCCUGCCUUUCCCCGGGCCUCAGGGAUGAUGCUCCUGCCCGGCUCUCUCACUGGCUCGUGGUGGACCAUUUUCGUCUGCUUUGCUGUCUGGGGUUCCCGGCCUCUGCGCUCCCUGAUCCACUUGUGUUGUGUGUGAGGGUUCUUCCUCUUGGACAGCGUGUACCCUGCUCCUGCCACUUGACAUGCACCGUUUCCACACACAGUCCCAUUUUACAGAUGAGGAAACAGGCUUACAGAGGCCAAGUGACUUGUUCAGGGGCCAGCGGGGGAUCUGACUCCUGGCCCAGGCUCCUCUCACACCAGAGCAUGGUCUCCGAUAAGGGAGAAAUCCACCCUGUGAGCUAGCCCCCGACCCAGCAUGGGCUUAUGGGUACAGCAAAAGGAACUAAGCUGGAUGGGUUCUGUGUGGGCCUUGGGAGGUCCCUGAAAGCAAGGGCCAGGAAACCUGCUGUUAUUCUUGCCCCCAGGGUUGAGGGGGCGCUGGCAGGAGCCCCCAGCCCCUCCCAGUGCCCUGGCUGAGUAUGCCCACCCGUGCCCGCCUUGCCAUGAAGAGCUGGGAGAGGCCUGCAGGGUGGGGGGAGGGGGGCACAACCUCAGGAAAGGAAGUGUGAACCCUGGGGCCGGCAGCCCCCCUUCCCUCCUUGUACACAAACCACCUCGGUUUAUGGGUCUCAGCCCCGUGCCCCACCCACCCAUCAUUUAUUCCACGAGCAAUAAUAGCUAAUAUUUAUUGCACUGUGCCAAGCAUCUAACUUGGACUGUCUCCUGUGUUUCUCACAGCCAAUAUUUAUUAUCUGCUCUUCUGUGCCAGGCACUGUGCCCCAGGGCGGGGGUAGUGUGCACCCUCCCUGGUGGAGCGCGUGGUCCGCAUAUGAGGCUGAGCCAAGCCCACCCCUAGUGCCGGCGGGGCUGGGGAAGAGUACAGUGGAGGCCUCAUACCGUGUGUCGAAGUGUUGUAAAGUUAUAGAUCGAGCUAACAAUGUUCAAUGAAAUACGUUCUAUUCUCCUACCUUGGUAAAUAAACCUUCACACUGACCUGGAG